CGUAAACUGUCCUCUUAUUAAUGUCUGAAAAGUGCAGAAGAAGCCCAACACCCAUAGAAAGUUUAGUAUAAUUAUGAUGCGUUUUCCGUCACAUCAACAAUCUUACUAGUCUAACUCAUAACACAAUAUUGCUGUUUUAUCAGUUCAAGAGUACUGUAUAACAACAUAUUGCUUUUUAUUAAUUUUACAAUAUGCGGUUUUUAACGUAGCAUUUCAUCUUGUCGUAUACACGUACUUGUAUGUUUAGUGGUUGUUAGCCCGUGUCAAUGAAAAGACGGUGCGGUUUAAUAUUUUUUUAGAGGUCGGAUUCAUUUGGAUGCUCGUAAAUUCAGGAAGUAAACAAACAGUUGUGAGUCAAUUCGUCAAUUGGUUGUGAUACAUAAUAUUUGUACCCAUACAUCUUCGUAGUGAUUGAAGUCCGAUGCCAGCUAGGCACUCCGUACUUUCGCUCAAACAAUGCUGCCUGAAGAGAAUUGCGCUUACGUUCGAAUCCUUUUGGAUGCAGAGCUACAACGAAUAUUUCAGAGACCUGCCUCGGAUCCUGUACAUAUUAGGCCCUUUUGACCAUUUGACAAAUGAAAUGGUACAAGACCUAAUAGACAGUUUGGUUGAUAAGGCAUGCCUAAAGAAGAAUCAUGUUCAAGUUCUUCUGCAAGAAAGUGUUACCAAGCUAAAUCUACACCACAUUGGACCAGCUUUACAAGACUCUGUUCUUCAGACAAUCUCUAUUCGAUGUCCUGUGAAGACUGACUGUUUUAGAUUUGUCUUUUGCACAAGUUUCACCAAGAAGUAUGUGUGAUUUUCUAAAGUGCAUACCAGAAAUAAAACAUCUUAAUCUGUCCAAUACCAAAUGCAAUGACCAAGUCCUGUCUGUUAUUGGUCACAACUGCCCAAAACUUCAUCACCUGGCCAUCAACUUCACCCCUGUCACAGAUAGUGGGCUGUUCAGCCUGUGUCAGGCACCGAUGGACACUGCAGGAUGUAAACAGAUUACACAUCUUGACAUUCGAGGAACGACUGUGAGACUCAGAGGAGCAUUGCACUGCCUACAAAACUUACCGGAUAUUCACUAUUUGGGCUUUGAUAGUAUCUGCGAUGUCAUCGCAAAGGAUAUUGAACUAAGGCGAAAGAAUGGCAAGGAAGCGAAAAUUUAUAAAUUUAGAGAAAUCUGUGAUGAUUUUCUAGGCACAAAACCAGAUUCAAUUUUAUCUGUUUGCCAGUGGUGCCCUUAUGUUUGUAAGGCUGUGUUUACUUCAGGGAUAACAGAUGAAAACUUCAAAGCGAUGUCGGCUCUAAAACAUUUAAGAACUUUACACAUUUGUUCAAGUGGAAGCAAUGCCGUUACCUUUACUGCUGGUGUCCUUUCACUACUUAAGGAUAUAGGCCAUCAGUUGGAAGACUUCAUGUUGGUUGACGUUGAUUUUGUGGACUUGACUGCAAUUGGAAUGUAUUGCAAAAACCUAGCAUCGCUCACAUUGUGGACUCAAGACCAAACGGAAUCACCUACAAAUGCUAUAGAUUUGCAGGGACUGAAUCUUUUUCAGAUAUACAAAAAAUUAACUAGUUGUGUCAUAUGCAUGAAUCCGAAUUUCGGACCAGGAAAAGUGAUGACGGGUCUUUCAGUCCUUCUUAAAGCUGCACUCUUGCUACAAAGGUUGUCACUGAGUUAUAUGGAAACUCUUACCAGUGAUGUGUUUAUGGAUGUUUUGAAUUUUAACCAAUUAAGUCACCUAGAAGCAGCUUGUUUUCCCAGUUGCCCCAAUCUGGGGCCGGAUGUGGUUGUUCGCUUGCUGCAAGGUUCCAAUCAGUUGCAGAAACUUGACCUGACUCACUGUGAGAAAAUAACAAGGAAAAAUUACGAGGAAUUUAAAGCUUUUGUUGCACUAAAUAAUUUUAAACUGGAUAUUUCAUGGAUAUAAUUAUUAAUAUUGAAACUAUAAACAUUAUUGUUAUGGUAAAGUUUAUUUAUAAAAUAUAUUGGUAAAUGACUGUCAGUACUUAAUCUUUAGAAGGUUUUGUAAUUUAAAUGGUUUAUAAAAUGUAUGAACAACAUUUUGAAUGAUUAUUAUAAAGGAGUUUGCAAAACAUGA